AUGGCCAACUUGGUCCUGCGGCGCAGCAACAACCGGCCCCUGGACAUCUUCGGCCUCUACCGCGAGGUCGUCUCCCUCGGCGGCCUCAUGGCCAACGAGAAGUACGACGAGCACGGACGCUGGGUGGGCAGCAUCAACUUCGCGGGCGUCGUCUUCCCCAAGCUGGACAACUACACCAAGGGCAACCGCGCCACGAGCGUGGGCAACCAGCUGCUGUCGAACUAUCGCAAGUUCCUCUACGAUUACGAAAACGCGUGGCGCCACGUGGACCUUCGGGGAGGGAGCCGAGGCUUGAAGACGCAGUCGCCGGAUGGGGGAGUGGGGAGCGAUGGGGCCGGGGAUGGCUGUGGGGACAGCGAAGGCGGCUGCAGCGCGGGGCCGGCGCCUUCUGGUUCUGAAGAGGCCGCCCAUCUGUGCGGCUCACCCCGCUUGCGCCGCGACGCCCUGCUCCUCCUCGCCGACAUCAUGGCCGCGGAGCGCGGCAGGCAGCGGCCUGGGGCGGAGGUCCCCGUUCCCGGCGGUCCCGGCGGCGGCGACGCGAGGCGUGGAGCUUGGCGCAAGCGGGCCGCUGAGGAGGAGGCUGGCCUCGACGCGGGGGCCCCCCUGGUGGCGUGCGGGGUUGUGUCGAACAUUUGUGACGGCCCCACGACAGCGCCGCCCGGCAAGCUGAUGCUGUCCAGGGACCCGCACAGGUUCCACUACUUGUGGCCAGUGGUGAUUGCAUCAGCGGGCGAACUCCCCGAAUGCAUCGCAGAGGGCGGCAGGAACGCAGAGGCCGGGCGGAUGGGAUUUCCCAUGGAGAUGAAGGAUACCGACCCCUCCGUCGUGCCGGUCCUCGUGUUUGGCUCCAGGUCCCUGGGCUGGGUCCAGUGCAACAGCCUGCUGCCAUUCGACACCAACCUAGCGGCCUCCCUCUACCAGACCGCUCUUCGCAGAGAAGGGGCCUCGGAGAGAGACACUCUAUACAGACGCGCUGUGAAACAGGCCCUGCAAUAUGCCGCCGAUCCCCAGGAUUGCCCCGAGGGCCACGUGAGGCAGGCGUCCUUGGAAAUCGUGGCGGAGCGCCUGGUGCGGUUGGAGAGCGACCUGCCGUGUGAGGUACUGGGCGGGAAGAGCUUCUCGGUGUGGCACCAAUGGCGGGGACGGGUGAGAAAAUCCGAAACCGCUGAGGGGCUGGCGAGCGAGAUUCUGCCGGGCGUCAUGAAGAGGAGCCCACCAUGCGUGCGGCAGGACCUGGAAGGGCUCCUGGGCCUGGGGAGGGGCAAGGAGGCCACCGUGCUGUCGGUUGACAGGGCGGUGGGGCUUCUACGGGAGAACAUGAACUGGAGUCGUGUCUACAGCAUUAUGUACUACGGCGAUGAGCAUUAUGUUGUCAGAGUUGGAGUUGGCGGAUGA